AUGCGAGAAGAGUGGAACAAAUGGAUGGCUGCUGGUAAUCAUGAUCUAACACCCACUGGACAAAUGAAGAGGCCCACUAUCACUCAAGUUUGUGAAUGGGUGAAAACAUCAUGGCACUCGGUGAAGGAGGAAAUCGUCGUCCGGUCAUUCAAAAAAUGUGGCAUUAGCAAUGCUUUGGAUGGUAACGGAGAUGGUAUUUUACAUGAAGAUAGCGAAGAAAGUGAUGUCAGUGAUUGUGAGCAACUGAGCUCCACAAAUUCUGACUCUAGCAGUGAUGAGUUCUUGGGGUUCACAGAAGACUAG